GAAGCACACAGAACUGUUAGCUCCUGGCUACACAAUGUGUUUUAGCUUAGUAAAUGUAAAUUUUAUUAGAAAUAUUAUUAGAACUAGUUUUCUAUAUCCGUUGUGUUAAUUGUUAAUAUAAUUAGCUUUAUAUUUCUGUCAGACUUUCUUUUAUUUCUUCCGGUUUGUAAUGACAGGUGUAGCAACAUGCUAACUGUUUGGGUUCAGUAUGACAGGCUCCGGUGAGCUAUGCUGUACUAAAGUUCAAAAUGCCGCUCGUUGAAGCUAACCAGCCUCAGCUCAUCCGCUCCUCUCAGAAGGACGAUUAUUAUCAAAUUAGUCUGAGAAAUAACGCUAACGAGGCUUUCCAAGCACUCGCUGGUUCCAGACGAUGGCUGCAGUGGAGGAAAGAAGUGGAACUGCUGUCAGAUCUAACUUACUAUGCACUAACAACUCUGUCAGGAUACCAAACUUUAGGCGAAGAAUACGUCAACGUUAUCCAGGUGGACCCCACGAAGCGCAGGAUUCCCUCCCGGACACGCCGAGCGGCCUUGGUUUUGUUGCACUCCUUCCUACCCUACUUCCUGGACAAACUCCUGGUGUGUGUAGAACAUGAGCUGGAGGUGGAGGAGCGGGACUCCCAACAUGUCCGGCGAGAGACGGCGUUGACGUGGAACCCUAUGUUUUAUAUUAAAGCUUGGAUCCGGAGAGCUGUCAGAAUGCUUGACAGUCAGCAGAAGAAAUCUUUAAAGCCUGUGAUCUUUGCAGUGCAGCAGGGAAUCAGCUUUCUGCACAGGGUGCAUGUGGCUCUGUUCUACAUCAGUGGUGCUUACUAUCAUCUGGCCAAACGGACAUCUGGCAUCAGCUAUCUUCGUGUGCAGGCUCAGGCAGGAGAUGACAGAGUAAUCCGUAGCAGUUAUCGGGUUUUAGGAUUUGUCUCAGUUCUGCAGCUGGCCCUCACGCUGGCAUUGCAGUUUAAAAGCCUGAAGCAGAGACAGCGGGCCAGACAGGAGUGGAGCCAGCACAGGAAUCUUUCAGCAAGCCCACAGAGGACUCAGUCUUCAUCUUCUCGAGCUUCUCGCUGUAUUCUGUGUCUAGAGGAGAGGAGACACUCCACCACCACCCCCUGCGGCCAUCUCUUCUGUUGGGAGUGUAUCACAGAGUGGUGUAACACCAAGACGGAGUGUCCGCUGUGCAGAGAGAAAUUUCAGCCUCAUCGUCUGGUUUAUCUGAGAGGUUACAGAUAAAGAAUCUUAAUUUUCUUUGACUAAUCUUUGACUAAUUGUGCAAUCCAAGAAAGUGUUACACACGUUCUUAUUAAGCUGUCUAGGGUACAUUUAACCUCCAUCCUCUGAAUGGUCAUUUGUAUUAUUUUGGUUAGCUAGAAAAUUCAUCUACUUUAAAAUAUGUCUACAUUCUUGGCUGUUUGUAACAAAAUUAGCAUAAUGCUAACAGGGUUUUUGCUGUAAGUAAAAUUUAUUUUUGAUUGCAAAUAUUAAAAUAAUUCAAAUAUU